AUGGACCCUAUCUUGAUGCAAAAGUUUCAAGCCAUCAAGAAAUCCAAGAAGUGUAAGAAGCAGCAGCUUCUUGACAAAUUUUUUCUCUACACUGUCAUAGCAUUUACUAGCAGUGUAUUCUGUUCCAGCCCUUUUUGGUUCCCCUACUUGUGUUCCUCAAUGAAGGGCUUUCUCUUCAUCUCUCUACCAAAGAUGAGUUCAAUCUUAUACAGCCCCAAGCUUUUGUUCCUCGUAGGCAACCUUAUUGUUGUUCUCCUCAUUGGAGAAUCCAGGUUUUUUGCUGCGGGGCCUUCUCUUCCAGGGGAUGCGUACUAUGAUGAGUACGUUGAUCGAAGUCGAAGCCUUCGAAAUUCUUCCACCCUGGAACUCAAGAAAGAGCAGAAAAUGGAACCGUCUGAUCAAGAGAAUUUGAAGAGGACUUGCCAAGUUGGAGGCAAAGUGGUGUCAGUAACAGGAAGACUGGUUGAGGAAAUUAAAGAAGUAAAGAGGGAAAAAGAAGCUUCAGGAGGAGAACAUGAGCUUAUUUUGCCUACUGAAGAAUUGAAGAAAAGGGCUGAUGAUUUCAUUGCAAGGGUCAACAGGCAAAGAAGGCUUGAAGCUAGAUUACUACUUAAUUAG